AUGAAAACAUAAGUCAAUCAAAUAGGUGGGGAAAAGAAAGGCAUGCAAAAAGUAAGCUAGAUGAAGCUAGUAGGAACUUAUAUUAUUUUCUAAGAACGUAUGCUUGGAGAAGGAUAGUAUGGUAAAGUGUAUGAAGCAGCCGAAUAAAAUAAUUAGAGUAAAAGAUAUGCUGUUAAAGUUAUACCUUCUUAAAUAUUUUAACAGUCUAUGUCUAAUUCUUAAAUGUUACAAAAAGAAAUUGAUGUUUUAAAAAAGCUCAGACAUGAGAACCUCGUCUGCCUUCACGAAAUAUCCUAAUCUCCUAAUAAUCUUUAUCUCUUUUUAGAUUAUUGUAAUGGAGGUGAUUUAUCUAAGUACAUUGAUAAUAAGCCUUAAAAAAGACUUACUGAAAGUGAAGCUUUAGAAUUCUUUAAAUAAUUUGUUAACGGAUAUCAACACUUAUAUUAGAGUAAAAUUAUUCAUAGAGAUAUUAAGCCUGAAAAUUUAAUGCUUCACAAUGGAAAAAUAAAACUUGGUGAUUUCGGAUUUGGAAGAUUUGUUGAAGGUAAUAUGAAUCAGUAGCAUAGAAUGUCAAUUAAAUGCACUCCUAUUUAUGCCUCUCCAUAGUUACUUCUCAAAGAAAUUUAUAGUUCUAAGUGUGAUGUUUGGGGUGCUGGAUGCCUCCUUUAUAAAAUGCUUUAUGGUGAGUACCCUUUUAUUGGUAAAGACAUGAAAACUCUCAUUUAAGACAUACAAAAUAAGGUUAGAGGAAAGGAAUUUAAGUUUAAAGAUGAUGUAGUUGUAAGUGAGGAUGUCAAAAAUCUCAUUCGCAGAAUGUUCAGAUAUGAUGAAAACGACCGUAUCUCUUGGGAAGAUGUUUUCACUCACCCUGCUCUCACUAAAAAAUAUAAUAUUUUUAAUUAGGAUGAUCAUAUCUCGGAAUAAGAAAAGAAUAAUCCUAUUUUCCAAAGUAUUAUGGAAAAUAGAAAUCAUGUUCUUGAUAAUGAAUUAAUUACUGAUCAUGCAUAAAACUUUUAAGUUAUUAAAGUACCUGACUAUUAACCUAUGGUCAAUAAUUACUAAUAGCAAAUUAGAUCAAAAUCUCCCAAUCCUCCCUAGAUAAAUCCAAUUAACAAGGCUCCUGGAUACCAAUAGUACAGAGCUGCUACAGAUGAUAAUAGUAAUCUCAGCAAAAAUGCCUACAGCCCAUCCACUAACCCUGUAUCUAAUUAAUUAUCUUAUAAUAACUAGCAAUAUGAUAUGUCUAAAAUCAGCAAUAAUAACAUUGGGGCUUAUAAUUACAGCAAACAAAAAGUUGAAUAAUCACCUAUAAACAAUUUAGUUAAUAAUAAUCUCAAACCUUAAGCAACACAAUAACCUCGUUCACAAACUGGUGAUUUUACACAAUACGCUACCUAAUAAUAGUAAGCAUAAAACUAUUAGCAAAUUUAGCAAUAACCUUAAACUAAUUUAUAACAAUAACCUCAAUAAUUGUAAUAAGUUAAUCAAGACAGUUAGUCAACUCAACCUUCAUCGUUAGCUGCUAACUUAGAAGAUCCUGAAGAAGAUCACUACAGAAACUCUCUUCAGAAAUUCUAAUAGCAGGAUAUCGAGCUGUAAAAGAUAGGUAAGGUAGAUAAGAUGAUAUUGUUCCUACGUAAUUAAGCCUUAUUUGCAGAUGUUACUAUGCAACUUGUAUUUACUGCACGUAACAAAUAUUAGUUAAACUCACUUAUAUUUUAUGAACUUAUAUACUCUCUUACUGGUUUUUAUAAUUUCAAUCUUGAUUUGUUGAAAAGAAUUCUUAAUUAAUCUUUCCCCAACAAACUUAUUAAUGAAGAGGAAUUCAAAAUUUACUUAAAUAGCAAAUAGUAUAAAAAGACUUUCUAGAAAAUAGAAAAGGAUUCGUAAACUGCUAAUUAGUUCUUUAAGACUCUUUCAAAUGGAAUUUUAAAAGAAGUAUAAUAAUAACUAAAUGACCCAGCUACAACUAACUAUGCAUAAGUAAAAGAUUUUGACAAUUUCAUAAAAGCCCAAUCUCAAAAUUACAAGGAAUAUAGAUUAAGAUUCAUUAAGGUUGCAUCUCAAGCUCUCUAAUCUCUUAACCCUGAGUAGUUUGAGAAAGAUAUUAAUUCUUUACGUGGAAUUAGAUGUAUGCAAAUAUUUAUUAAGCUUGACGAUUACAUGCCUAUUUAGCAAUAUCUCACUUUUGAUUUUAGAUUCUUCUACGACUAAUACGUGAAUAAAAUAGAAUCUGAUAAAUUGCUCAAAGACAUAAAAAGCUAAGCGAUAUGA